AUGACGAAAGGUGGAGAGCCUGUUGCAGCAGUGAAGAAUAAACUUUCAGCCCACCACCACAUCAGCAGCAUAAAACGCCAACCCCUAACCGCCCGCACCCGAACCCACGGCGAUCCCCAUUCCAUUCCUCUCCGCCCGCCGCCUCCGAACCCCAUCGCCCUCGCCCGUCACUACGGCGACGACUAUUGCCACAACCGCCGCCACCUUGAUGCGUACGACCUUCUGAGGCCUGGAUCUGAAGCCCGUCUCGAUCCCACAGCCAGUCACCCACCGCUGCACCACCUGCUCUCAGGCCGUAGCUGCGGCCUCGCCGGCGCCGGCGCCAUGCGACGCGGAGGCGGAGGAAGUGGAGGUAAAGGAGGGCGAGGAGCAGGAGGAGGUGGAGGAGCGGGCUCCGGCCGCAGGGACGCGCGCUACGGCGGCGCCUCCUACCGCGACGACCGUGGUAGGCGCCCCGACUACCGCUCCCGCCGCACCCCGUCCCCGGACCGCCGCCCGCGCCGCUCCAGGGGCGAGGACAACGACCGCGACUCGCCCCGUGGCGGCCGCACCGGCUACGGCGGCGACCGUAGCCCGCCCCGCGGUGGUCGCAUCGGCUACGGCGGCGACCGUAGCCCGCCCCGCGGCGGCCGAAUCGGAUACGGCGACCGCAGCCCGCUCCGCGGCGGCCGUAGCCCUCCGCACCGGCGCGACCGCGACCGCGACGCGUCGCCCCGCCGUGGUCAUGCGCCGCACAAGGAUGCCUUCGGCCUGCCGGGCGGCGACCGCCACGCGUCUCCCCGCGGGCGCAGGGAAUACGUCUCGCCCCGCGGGGCCAGGGACUACGAAAGGGCGCCCUACCGCGAGGAGCGCGACAGGUACGACCGCCCUGGCCGCGUUGCCGAUCUCGGCCACGAUUCCCCGCCGGCCUACAUGCUCCCUGAUCACCCUUCCGACCUCGGACGUCCGGCAUCCCUGCGCGCCGGGAGGAAGGAAAGCGACUAUUUUGGCGGCUCUCGCGAGGACUGUAGCCUUCUCAAGGACGACUACCUUGGGGGCGGCCCUGGUCCGCGGAGCAUCGGAAAGGAGAACGAGUUGUUUGGAGGUGAUGGCAUUACUCUCAGAAUAAGUGCAACUGAAACGGGAAGGACUAGUGCCAUGUACUCCCAAGACCGCAGUUUCUCGCCUCCACCACCUCUGUAUCCCUCUGUGCCGCACGAGACUGGAUUCUUGACAGGAGGAUCUGCCAUGAAGGCUAGUGAUAUUUAUUGUGCAGGAAGCACCCAGCGGCUGCAUGAUGAUGGCGAUUUUAAGUACAACAAGAAUGUCCCAUACAUUGAGAGGAGUAGGGAUACUGAGAGGCAUUAUUCUGGCAGUAGGGACUCAGUUGUUGAGAAAGGUGGAGGUGCAGAAAGGUUUUAUUCUGCUGAUGAUGUGCCUGCUGGGAGGAUUAGAGAAAUGGAGAGGCUUUACUCUAGUAGGGGUAUGCUGGAGUCUGACCUGGUCCUUGGUGAUCCUUCCUCAGCCUUGCCUGCCAAGGACCACCAUCCAUACAGGAUGCACACUGAACCUGGCUACGAGACAAGCAACGGAUACAACAUGGAUGGCCUUGGCAGGUCAUCUCAUGACUCACUGGGGUAUGGGAGUGGCCAUCCUCAUAGGUUAUCAGGAAGUCCAUUAGAGCAUGGCAGUGGUCAUGGUGAUGAAACAUUAUUGGAUAUUGCAAGGCAGACACACUCUAGGCAUACACCAAGAGCUGCAUCCUUGGAGUAUGAUGGACAUGAUACAUAUACUGCAUCAGAGAACAUACGUGGGAAUGUCCCACUGAAUUCAAGGCACAUAUCAGGCUCAACAUCUUUGAGAGGUCUCAGGGAUGAAAGGAUUAACGACAAUCUGAGGUUAUCUCGUAGGAUUGAAGAAGACAAGGGUAGCUUUGAAGCCAUGCAUCAGGACACAGAGCACUUAUUUCAACAUCCUUAUGAUGGCGAUGCUUCUGUACAGUACCCAACAGUAAGGGGUGGUGAUGAUCGGUACUCCCACUCCCCUGGAACUGAACCUAUUGGAAUUGUGAGGCAGGCAGCCCGUCAGCAUGAGUUUGAUUCUUUUGGUUACUCAUGUGACCAAGAAGCUUCCCUUAUGGUUUCUAGGAAACGGUUCAGAAGUCCUGAAUAUCAUGAUCAUGAGAUAGAUGUGUAUCAAGCUGAUCAUGGGUUUGCAGGACAUGAGCACUAUGAUGAUGAUAUUGAUGAAUAUGAUCUACCCCCAUCAAGAAUGUCACGAUAUGACAUGUUUUAUGAUGAUGAAUAUGAUGAAAGACAUGAUGUGCCAACUAAUGGUGAUGUUUUCUCUAGGCUUGCUUUGCCACAUGAAACCAAUGGGGAAUGGACUGAUAUGGAUCGGGGGAACCAUCCUCAUUCUGACAUCUUUGGUUAUGGGUAUUCAAAACACGUACCUAUGUAUCAGAGGCUGUCUAGACCCAAUUCUCACUCACAAUUUGGGGAAGCUCCCAUGCUUGGAAGAGGAAGAGGAAGAGGCAGAGGAAGAGGAGGAUUGACUAAGAGUGCAAAAAAGAGACUGAGAACUGCUCCUCAUCAGUUCAAUGGUGGGUACCCAUCAGAUAGAAAUGAAUUUCUAGGGUCAAAUAAAUUUUCAAAGUCAGCAAAAGAUGAACCUAAUGGUUCUGAAGUAAAGCAUGAAGAUGCUCCAGAGUACGAGGAUCCUUCUCUGCAGAAAGAUCCACCAGAAGGUUCAGAGGAGUUCAGUAAACAGGUUGAGGAAUCAUUCCUUAAGUACGCAAAGAUAUUAAAUGAGACUCCAGCUACACAGAAGAAAUACCGUGAGGCAUCAAAAGGAUCUUUGUCUUGCUGUGUCUGUCGCAGUGUAGCAAGGAAGUUUCCAGACCUGGAUGCACUGCUAGCACAUGCUUAUGAUACAUGCAAGGCGGGUUUGAGGACAAAACAUUUGGGGUUUCACAAAGCACUCUGUGUUCUGAUGGGGUGGAAUUCGCAUGUUGCUCCAGACACUUCUAAAGCCCAUCACUCCAUUCCAUCCGAGGAAGUAAAUGCCAUGAGGGGAGAUCUUAUGCUGUGGCCUCCAGUUGUUGUGAUACAGAACAGCUCGACUGGUAAAGAGGCAAAGGAUACUGGUGCAAAGGUUGUGUCCAUAAAAGAAAUUGAAGGUGUAUUGGCAGAUAUAGGCGUACCACCUGAGAAGGCGAGGGUUAGCCAUGGAAGACCAGACAAUCAGAGCGUGUUCCUCGUCAAGUUCCAGCCAACAAUAUCUGGGUUUCAGGAAGCCAUGAGAGUGCAUACCCAUUUCUCAAGCAGAAACCAGGGCAAGGAAGAGCUCCAGCUGAUGAGAGACAGCAAAGGUAAGAAGGCUGCCUCUACUGAGAGCCUGGAAGAGCUGCUGUACGCGCAUAUUGGGGUCGUGGAAGACCUUGCACUGCUGGAUGAUGGAACGAAGAAGAGAUGCAAGGUCAGGAGCAUGAAGGAAAUUGAGGCAAAUGCAGAUGCAACACUGAAUUUAGAACCGUGAAGCUGCAAACAAACUAGAUUAUAGGUUAUUAGGUCUAGUACUAGGAUCUGGACCGUUUAGGUCUUCCUUUUGCUUUGUCCUGCCGCUGCUUGCUUGUUCUUGUGGCUGUAACGUCAAAGAAAGGUCUAAGUUUUGCUUUUGCCAUUAAGAGUGAUGAAAUUCCGUUGGCCUUUUGUCUGGGGAAGGCCUGCCUCGGUGUGCAUGGCAAAAACAUUUUGUUGCGCCCAGUGGCUAAACGGAAGGUUUCACUGCUUAAUGGCAAAAGCAGAAUUUCCUGGUCGAAGAACCAUGUUUACUAUUUGUAUCGAAUGGAUCUUUAUAUUAGGGUUGUCGUGCUAUAUGUAUCGAAUGGAUCUUAGCAUUAUGGAAUCCCUACCUUUCAAGAAUUUUUUGCUGACUUGACCUUAUUUGAUAUUUCAUUCGUAUUUUCUUGUA